GCCGGGCGGAGUGCAUGAGUGUCGUUGUGCGUGCGUGAGUGACAUGUGACUUGGAUAUGUCGUCAGUACAAUCCCUGAAUAGCUUGAUGCCUAAGGCAGAAUGACGGGGCGAUAUGAAAGAGGAUAAUGGGAUGGAGAAAUCCGGAGUCAUAAUCCUGAUAGUGUUAAUCCUGUUUAUACAAUGUAGCGCAGUCAAUCCAGGUUGUGAAUGCCUACUGUACUCUGCUACGUACGGUAAAAGAGUACGGCACCUUCAGCAGUCCAGACUAUCCGAAGAACUAUCCUCCUUCCAUCAACUGUUUACUGUACACCUUCGUGGCUAGUAGGGACGAGAUCAUAGAGAUCACCUUCAAGGACUUCGACGUCCAGAAAACACAUCUUGACUGUAUCCGAGGGGACUUUGUCAAGCUGUUUCUUCACUUGGAGCGUGGGGAGGUGAACGAGUACACUCCCUGGUCCGGCCUCCUCUGUGGCGGUUAUACCGAUGUGCCUCAUGUCUUCUACAGCUCAGGCCCCGGUCUUGUGCUGGAGUUCCACACAGAUGAACUGCACAGCAACUCAUCAGGGUUCAUCGGUACCUUCCGCUUCAUUGAUAGAAGGAUGUUCCAGAACGACGGCCAGAAGCUGCAGGGGACUUUGUGCGACCAUCAGUUCAUCUCCAGCAACUACACUCCAUCAUACGGUCGUUUCUACUCGCCGCGGUAUCCUUCUAGUUACCCCAAGCAUAUCAAGUGCGCCUACAGAUUCAGAGCAAGGUCUAAAGAACGGAUUCGAGUUGUAUUCGAGGAGGUGACACUUCAGAAAGGAGACGUUAGUUGCCUGAACCGCGCAGACUUGAUCAAGGUUCACGAUGGUCGUAGUGCGCAUGCGCCCGUCAUCACCGUCCUGUGUAACGAGGGCGCAGCUCUAGAAGUGCUCUCCACUGGUCCGGACCUCUAUGUAGAGUUCCUCUCUAACUCGGACUGGCCUGGCCAAGGAUUCAAGGCCACUUUUCAGUUUCAGCCUCUGGAGGCGACCACCACCAGCGAUACCCCGUACACGGGCAAGUGA